AUGCCCGAUUCCUCCCAAUCGAUCAAACCAAUCCGCGUCUUGUCAUGUGUUCUGUGCCAGCAGCGCAAGGUCCGGUGUGACCGCACAUUUCCAUGCGCCAACUGCGUCAAAUCCAACAGUCAAUGCGUGCCAGCCGGUCUUCUCCCGCGUCGCCGGAAACGGAGGUUUCCCGAGCGUGAACUGCUUGACCGGCUGCGCCAGUACGAAACGCUGCUCAGGCAAAACGAUGUCGAAUUUCAGCCGCUCCAUGCUGAACCGGCAAAGGAAAACGACGACCGCGAGUCCCCAGAAAGCGUUCAACCGGAAGGAAGUGACCAGUCUAUGUGCUCUUUACUAUCUCAGCGCAAGUCAGCCGAGUCCGCAUAUGAGGCAAAGGAUUUUUGGAAUGCAGUGAACCAAACGUCGCCAGAGUCUGACCAAGAUCGUGAUUCACCCGCCGCUGCCUUGCCACAGGAUGUUGUCAAAAAGGCCUGGGACCAAGGAUUCGAGACAACUGAUCCUCUGUUUGGCGGCGAAAACAACCCUGUCGAUCUUUCUUCACAUCACCCCGAACCGUCCCUGAUUUUCCGUCUCUGGCAGAUGUAUCUGGAACGGGUUGAUCCGUUGUUCAAAGUCACUCAUACACCAAGCUUGCAAGGACGCAUCGUGGAAGCCAUUGCGGAUGUGAAAAGAAUUAGCCCCGGAUUUGAGGCGUUGAUGUUUUGUAUCUAUUGCAUGGCAGUUCUCAGCGUUACCUCAGACGAGUGUGAGGCUCGGCUCGGCUUAUCGAGAGACGAACUCCUCCCAGGUUAUCAGCGCAGUUGUCGCCGAGCCUUGAUCAAUUGUGGAUUUUUGCAAUCAGAUGAUCGUGAAAUCCUAACUGCUCUGUUCUUCUAUCUGACGUCCCUCCGCCCGACCGUUGGUGAUCCCCGAACGCUCUCAACUGCCCUAGGCAUGGCAAUUCGUAUCGCAAAGCGCCUGGGCAUCCACAGUGAGUCACGAUGCGCCAGAUACCCUCCAUUGGAAGCAGAGCUGCGACGGAGACUCUGGUGGGCGUUGGUCCUAUUUGAUGCUCGAAUCGGGGAGAUGGCAGAUUAUCGAACCACUACGGAACUCACCCCCCUCUGGGACUGCAAGAUCCCAAGCAAUGUCAACGAUUUCGAUUUACGACCAGAGAUGAAGAAUUUGCCAGCAAUUCAAAAUCAAUCUUCAGAAGCUCUUUUCAUCGCGGCUCGGUGCGCAAUGGCGGAUUGCCUGCGCAACUUUUCGUUUUAUCUUGACUUCACAUGUCCGCCCUUGAAAGCUGUUGCCAGAGAGGUCCACCGUGAUUCUGGUCCAGAAUACCGCGAGCUAGAUGCUCUAGAGAAAAUGAUGAAUGAACGAUAUCUUCGAUUUUGUACCCCAGACAACCCGCUUCACUCCAUAACCAUUUGGGUGACUCGAGGAUGGCUGUCGAAAUGCCGUUUGUUCGAACACUAUUCCAAAUACUCGGGAAUCCGCCAGUCACAGACCCAACGUGAUAUGGCGGUUGAAUAUGCAAUUGCUAUGCUCGACCAUGAUACCGAAUUCCUGUCAACUUUUAGUGAAAGCCGCUAUCUUUGGAUGGUACAACUGUAUUUUCCGUUCCCGGCAUAUGUUCACCUUUUGCAAGAUCUGAGAAGGCGUCCUCUCAACACCCGGGCAAUGCAAGCAUGGACCGCGCUGAGUGAGAAUUUCGAAUGUCGUGCCAACUUGUUCCGUCGCAUGUGCCCAGGGCUUCACUUUUGCGCAAUGUCUAGCCUCGUUCUCGAGGCCUGGGCAGUAGCUGAAUCGGCCUUGAGACAAUCAGGGCAGCCAGCAGCACGGCCGAAGAUCGUCACGAUCAUGCAAGCAGAGCUAACUCGCGCUAAAGGAAACGGUCAAUUGGAAAAAUCGUCAAGUUCGACUAGUUUUAUCCGCCAUGAAGCUCUAAUGCCGGUCCAGGAAAACAUGAGCUUGAACAACACCCUGCCUAGCCUGGGUGGAAACACUUCAUAUUCGGGAACCGAAAUGUGGAUGCCCUUUGGGAUACCUGAUCAACUAUCAGCUGAUGGUAUAUUUGCUUCGUCGGACUGGUCGCUUAUAAACUGGGGUAUAUGA